GUUGGCGAAGGAACCGACGUUUCCUACUUUCCUACUGCGCGUCAGGGAAAAAAGGGAAAACAAAUUAAGAGAAAAUAAAAGAAAGGCGAGAAAAUAGGGAAUUUCCGUAGGGAUCGAGUUCGGCUGGGGAAGGACUCACCGGCGCUCCGGCGAGGAAACCCUUCAAGAUCCGCGGCGAAUCGGCGAAGCAAUCAUCGGAAAACCACCGCAGGAAGCUCCGAAACUGCUCUCGGCGGAGCCGGAAUGGUGGGAUGGAUAAGAGAGGCGUUUUUGGCGUCGGGAUAAGGGUUCGGAGAUUUUAACAUUAAUUCAAGGGUUGUACCUUUUGGCCGUUGCCGAAGAAUCGGAUUAUUAGGGUUUUGACCCCUCCCCCCACCCCACCCGGGGGGUUUGGUUUGGGGCUCCGCAAAUCCCGAAUAUUUUCCUUAUUGGCAACGUUCGCAUGCAAUCAGGUGGUGGAGCCGGAGCGCCCGGCCGGAUCCCGGCGGCGACGGCGCCGGGACGACCGUUGUCUUCCUCUUCGGCGUCACCGUCAUCCUCCUCGUCCGCGGCGUCGGCCCCGACCCAUCUAGGGUUCGAAUCGAUCCAGCAGCAGCAGCAGCAGCAGCUUGCGCUGAGGCAGCAGACAUUACAGCAACAGCAGCAGCCUCUAAGGAAGCCUGAAGGUGAUCCUUAUAGGCCUAGUGGUUUACAUGGAGUCAUUGGUGGGAAUAACUUUCCAUCGUCUUCAGGUGCUAUACCUGUGUCCCAGACACUGAGGAAUUUCAAUGAUGUACGUCACCCUCAUGCUGGUCCUCAGCCUCAUGAAGUGAACCGGAAUAAAGGGCAAGGUAUAGAGCAGCAGCUGCAGAACCCAAUUUAUCAAGCUUACCUCCAGUUAGCUUUUCAAACUGCUCAACACCAAAAAUCUCAUGGGAAUCUGCUUGUUCAGCAACAAGGUAAGAUCAAUAAUGUUGGCCCCUCUGGGAGAGAUCAAGACAUGCACAUAAACAGUUCGAGGAUACAGGAUAUCAUGUCUCAUCAAGUGGCCAAUCAAGCACAUCUGCCAGUUCAUGCAAAAUUAGCUGAACAUAUUGGACCUGGUGAGAAGCACAUGGAACAACCACGUACUAGCUCUGAGCAAAGAAAUGAACUAAAGCCUCCGCAGACAGUAAUUGGGCAGAUAGCACCAACAAAUAUGUUAAGACCCACGCAAUCAUUACAGGCACAAACAAACACACAAAAUAUUGCAAAUAACCAGUUGAUGAUGGUGCAACUGCAAGCUAUGCAAGCAUGGGCCAUGGAGCAUAACAUUGACCUCUCUCAUCCUUCCAAUGCCAAUUUGAUUGCUCAAGUUUGGCCAUCUGCUAGAUUGGCUGCAAUGCGAAAGCCAAAUGAAAUCAGCACAGCUGCACAUCAGUCACACUUGGCUUCCUCAAAGCAACAAUUCUUGUCUUCACCAGGUGGUAGUGAAAAUUCAGCUCAUGGAAAUUCCUUGAGUGAUCACCCUGUUCAGGCUGGGCCAGUGAAAAAUCGACAAACAUUUCCCUCUGGGUCAAUAUCUGGUGCUGGCAGUUCUUCGACCUUCGUGAAUUCCUCUAAUAUUCAGAUGCAGCAUCAAUUUGCCAUUCAGAACAAGGAUAGCCAAAAUGAGAGGGUUGCCAGAUCCCCAUUAGCAAAUGGAAAUGGAGGGAUAAUCAUGGAUCCACCGCAAUUUUCUGGGAGCACGAACCAGACCAUUGAACAUUCAAAUAUGAAGAGAGAAUUUGCUGGCAUUCAGACACUACCAAUGCAGUAUUACAGUCAGUUGAAGCAAAUGAACCAACCGAUGUCUCAACCUGCAGUUCCUUCGACGGAGGUCAUUGGCACCCAAUUUCCAUCUCAGGGAGGAUUAGCCCAGGUGUCACAGCAAAACAUUGGGUUUACAAAGCAACAACUUCAUGUUCUUAAAGCACAAAUACUAGCCUUUAGGCGUAUCAAGCAUGGUGAUCGUAAACUUCCACCAGAAGUUCUUGAUGCCAUUACACCAUCACCUCUUACUUCCCAGCUGCAGCAGCCUUUCCGUUCACCAGAAAUUGCCAACCAUGAAAGAACUGUUGCAAAGAAUGUCAAAGAGCAUGUAAGUCAUGCAGAGACUGUUGAGAAGGCGCCUGUGCUUGCUUCUUUGAGUAAAGGUCAUGAUUUGUCAAAGGUGGGUUUUAGUGGAGAGGAGAAAACAACGAUGGUCAGACACUCGGAACCAGUAAUGGAUUCAGCAAAAGAGCCUACACAAAUUGCAUAUGUUAGAAAUGUAGAGCAUUGCAGUCCUGUUUCUGUUAAAUCUGAGCAGGAUGCUGGACAGGAAAGUCAAAAGAUAUCCAUCAAGAGUGAUUGUAAUGCUGAAAAGGGAAAGGCUGUUCCAGAGCACCAUGCCACAAUUGAUGCUGGACAAGUGAAAAAACCAGCCUCCAUGAGCAAUGCAGCACUUUCAAAAGAUGUGGUUACCACCAGAAAGUAUCAUGGUCCACUCUUUGAUUUGCCUUUCUUUACAAGGAAACAUGAAUCAUUUGGAUCAACAGUUGCAAAUGGCUCGAGUAAUUUAAUAUUAGCUUAUGAUGUGAAGGAUUUGCUAUGUGAGGAAGGGACUGAAAUCUUGAACAAGAAAAGGGCAGAGAAUUUAAGAAAGAUUAGUGGCUUACUCACCGUUAACUUAGAGAGGAAAAGGAUUAUGCCUGAUCUAGUUUUGCGGCUGCAAAUUGAAGAAAAAAAGCUUCGACUUUUAGAUCUUCAGGCUCGUCUGAGGGAUGAAGUUGAUCAGCAACAGCAGGAGAUAAUGGCAAUGCCUGACAGGCCAUAUCGUAAGUUUGCCAAACAGUGCGAACGCCAACGCACGGAGCUCAUGAGGCAAGUCCAACAGUUACAAAAGACAAAUAGGGAGAAGCAACUAAAAUGCAUCUUCCAGUGGCGCAAGAAGCUCCUUGAGGCUCACUGGGCCAUUCGAGAUGCACGGACUACUCGCAAUAGAGGGGUGGCUAAAUAUCAUGAGAGGAUGUUAAGGGAGUUUUCUAAGAAGAAAGAUGAUGAUCGAAACAAAAGAAUGGAAGCAUUGAAGAACAAUGAUGUGGAUAGAUACCGAGAGAUGUUGCUGGAGCAACAGACUAGUAUUCCUGGUGAUGCAGCACAACGAUAUGCUGUUCUCUCUUCUAUUUUGUCUGAGACUGAAGAGUAUCUUCACAAACUUGGGGGAAAAAUUACUGCUGCAAAGAAUCACCAGGACGUGGUAGAGGCAGCAAAUGUUGCUGCAGCUGCUGCACGGUCCCAGGGUCUUUCUGAAGAAGUGGUCAAGGCUGCUGCAGCAUGUGAUGGUGAGGAAGUUAUGAUUAAGAAUAGAUUCUCUGAAAUGAAUGCCCCAAAAGAUAGUUCAUCGGCUAACAGGUACUAUACUCUGGCACAUGCUGUGAGUGAAAGAGUUGUAAGACAGCCCUCAAUGUUACGGUGUGGUACUUUAAGAGAUUACCAGCUUGUUGGGCUUCAAUGGAUGCUCUCGUUGUAUAACAACAAGCUGAAUGGGAUUCUGGCAGAUGAGAUGGGUCUAGGCAAGACUGUGCAGGUAAUGUCAUUGAUUGCUUAUUUAAUGGAGUUCAAAGGGAAUUAUGGGCCACAUCUGAUAAUAGUUCCAAAUGCUGUUUUAGUGAAUUGGAAGAGUGAAUUGCAUAAUUGGUUGCCAACAGUAUCAUGUAUUUUUUAUGUUGGUGGAAAAGAUCAACGAUCCAGGCUGUUCUCUCAUGAGGUUUGUGCCAUGAAAUUUAAUGUGCUUGUUACAACAUAUGAAUUUGUCAUGCAUGACCGCUCAAGGUUGUCAAAAGUUGAUUGGAAGUAUAUAAUCAUUGACGAAGCCCAAAGAAUGAAAAACAGGGACUCAGUUUUAGCUCGUGACCUUGACCGAUACCGUUGCCAAAGGCGGCUGCUUCUUACUGGGACACCUCUACAGAAUGAUUUGAAGGAACUUUGGUCCCUCCUAAAUUUGCUUCUACCAGAAGUCUUUGAUAAUCGAAAGGCAUUUCAUGAUUGGUUCUCGAAGCCCUUCCAAAAGGAUGGUCCUUCACAUAGCUCAGAGGAGGAUGACUGGCUUGAGACUGAAAAAAAGGUUAUUAUAAUUCACCGGCUUCAUCAGAUUUUGGAGCCCUUUAUGCUAAGGCGUCGUGUUGAAGAUGUGGAAGGGUCACUUCCACGGAAGGAUUCCAUUGUUUUGAGGUGUAGAAUGUCAGCUAUUCAGGGUGCCAUAUAUGAUUGGAUUAAAUCCACUGGUACCCUUAGGGUUGAUCCGGAGGAUGAGUUGCUCAAGGCUAAGAAGAAUCCAAUGUAUCAGGUUAAGGUUUAUAAGAAUCUUAACAAUAAAUGUAUGGAGUUGCGCAAGGCAUGCAAUCAUCCUUUACUGAAUUACCCUUAUUUUAAUGAUUAUUCCAAAGAUUUCAUUGUCAGAUCUUGUGGGAAACUUUGGAUCCUUGAUAGGAUUCUUAUAAAACUCCAGAGAUCCGGCCAUCGUGUGCUUCUCUUCAGCACCAUGACAAAACUUCUUGAUAUAUUAGAGGAAUACUUGCAAUGGCGACGACUUGUCUACAGAAGGAUUGAUGGUACAACCAGCCUAGAAGACCGUGAAACAGCAAUAGUAGAUUUCAACAGCCCUGAAUCCGAUUGUUUCAUUUUCUUGCUUAGUAUUCGCGCUGCUGGAAGAGGUCUAAAUCUCCAGAGUGCAGACACUGUGGUUAUAUAUGAUCCAGAUCCAAAUCCUCAAAAUGAGGAGCAAGCAGUGGCCAGGGCUCAUCGCAUUGGACAGCUGAGAGAGGUGAAAGUCAUAUAUAUGGAGGUAGUAGUUGACAAAAUCCCGAGCUAUCAGAAAGAAGAUGAUUUGAGAAAUGGAGGUACAGGAGAUCUGGAGGAUGAUCUUGCUGGUAAAGAUCGAUACAUGGGAUCAAUAGAGAGCCUCAUACGUAACAAUAUCCAACAAUGUAAGAUUGAUAUGGCAGAUGAAGUUAUUAAUGCUGGUCGGUUUGAUCAAAGAACGACACAUGAAGAAAGGCGGAUGACUUUAGAAACACUAUUGCAUGAUGAAGAGAGAUAUCAAGGAACUGUUCAUGACGUUCCAUCCAUGCAAGAGGUGAAUCGCAUGAUUGCUCGGAGCGAAGAAGAGAUUGAGCUGUUUGAUCAAAUGGAUGAUGAUUUUGACUGGACUGGUGAUAUGAUGAAGCACAUUCAGGUUCCCAAGUGGCUUCGUGCUGGUUCUAGAGAAGUAAAUGCCAUCAUUGCUAAUUUAACUAAGAAGCCAUCAAAGAACAUUUUAGCUGAAAAUAUUGACUUGGAAUCAGGUGAAAUAUGUUCUGGUACAUCCCCUGGUAAAACUGAGAGACGAAGGGGCCGGCCAAGGGGUCCGACAACCAACAACAAACAUUCUGUUUACGUGGAAGUGGAUGAUGAAGAUGGUGAGGAUUCUGAUGCUAGCUCAGAAGAGAGGAAUGCAUACUCAUUCCAUGAAGAAGAGGGCGAGAUAGGAGAAUUUGAAGAGGAAGAAUCUGAUAGUGCUGUUGAUGUGCAGCCUACUACUAGGAUUCAAUUGGAGGAGCAGUUGUUAGCUUGUGAUGGCAGUGGGUGUGAUAUGCCCCAAACAAUGGAAGACCACCAAAAUGUUCGUAGGUUUGAAGAAGCUGGUUCAUCAGGAUCUUCUUCUGGAAGUCGAAGAUUGCCUCAACCUGCUACUCCAUCCAUAUCUUCACAGAAAUUUGGAUCUCUAUCUGCUAUAGAUGCCAGGCCUGGCCAUCCUUCAAAAGGGAUGCAAGAAGACCUUGAGGAAGGAGAAAUUGCUGUAUCAGGUGAUUCUCAGAUGGAUCUGCAACAAUCAGGAAGUUGGAUUAAUGAGCGUGAGGAUGGUGAGGAUGAGCAAGUUCUCCAACCAACUGUAAAGCGUAAGCGCAGUCUUCGUGUUCGUCCUAGAUACACUGUUGAAAGCCUUGAAGAAAAGUCCAGCAAUGAGAGAAUCUUUCCUCAGUGUCGGUCCCAGCUUCCUUUGAAGGUGGACUAUGACUACAGUAUGCAAUCUAAGACCAAUUUGGAACUGGAGACAUUUCAUGAGCCUGUUUCAGAUAUGCAAGAUGUUAAUACCUCUAUUAAGCAGAGACACAAUUUGCCAUCAAGAAAGGCAUUCCAUACCAAUUUACCAAAAUUCAACAAGUCAAGAUACAUGUCUGGAUCUGCAGAGGUUGCCAAUGAAUAUUCUAGGGAUAUUGGGAAUGGUAAGGUCUCAAAUAGUGGUGAUCCUAGCUUCCUUGGCACAAAAAUGUCCGACAGCAUGCAGAGGAAGUGUAAGAAUGUUAUUAGCAAGCUUCAGAGGAAAAUCGAUAAAGAUGGCUAUCAAGUUGUUCCCCUACUAUCUGAUUUAUGGAAGAAGAAUCAGAAUGCUAAUUCGAUGAGCACUGCUACUCUUACAAGUAAUAUUAUAGAUUUACGAAGAAUUGAUCAGCGUGUGGACAAUUUAGAGUACAAUGGGGUGUUGGACUUCAUAGCAGAUGUGCAAUUGAUGUUACAAAAUGUAGCAAAGUUUUGCAAUUACUCAUACGAGGUUAAGUAUGAAACGAGAAAGCUUCAUGAGCUGUUCUUUGAUAUCAUGAAGAUUGCAUUCCCGGAUACAGAUUUUCGAGAAGCUAGGAAUGCGUUCGCUUUUCCCUCUCCUGGAGGAGCUGGGACUGCCCUGUCCUCGAAGCCGGCUGCCUCCUCCAGCCAAAACAAGCGACACAAGAUCGUCACAGAGGUGAAAGCAGAGCUUGGCCCUAUGAAGCCUGCAUGUCGUGGCUCUGUGCCUCUGGAUGAAGAUGGGAGGACUCCUGGCCACCCGUCCAAGUCCCAGAAGGAAUCCGGGCCGGCCAGUGGGAGCAGCGGAGAGCAUUCAGCACCUGAGCUCUCGCCUCUGCUGACGCACCCAGGCGAUCUGGUUAUCUGCAGGAAGAAGAGGAAGGACAGGGAGAAGUCUGCUGCGAAGAGAACGGGCCCCAUCUCUCUGCCAGGCCCAGGCCCAGGCCCAGGCCCAGGCCCAGGCCCAAUAAGUCCCUUAUCUGCGACUGAUGCAGGUCAGGCGGGUUCCAAGUCCUCACCCAGCAUAACUCGUACCCUCAGGAUCCCACUCCAUGCACACCCAGCUCAGCAGGCACUGCGUCCCGGUCAUCAGGCUGUUGGUGCGGCAGAUGGGGCCCCAAGCAUGGACGAAGUCCAAUGGGCCAGGCCUGCGAAAAAAAUGAGGACAGAUUCUGGUAAAAGGAGGCCGAGCCAUUUGUGAGUUCUGGGUGUGUGCAUACAUGUUUUACUUAAUAUGCUGUAGCAAUCAAGGGGGCAUGCAUGAUGCAUCCCCACCACCCUUUUUCUGUAUGUUGCUUCUCGUUUCCCCUUCAACAUCUCCUAUUGGUGCAAUGACAGCUUUUAUAAAUCCAAGAAAAGAGGAAAGAAAAGGAACUGUUCUGAGCAUUUAAACUUAAUGUUUCUGUUUUUAAUGCCCGUGAGGUCUCUUGCAUUGCGUGGCCAUCUCCUGGCAACUGAAGGGUACUUUGUUUCUGUCGACUGUGAUGGCAGAGCCAGAGCCGGUAAGGAGCACUUGUUUUCUUCAUCUUGGAUCUUCUUCUCUCACAGCUGCUGCAGUAGGAAAUGGCAGUCUCAGUCCGCUUUGCAGCAACAACUCCACUCCCGAGUCCCGAUGUCUCCUCAAAAAUGAGCGAGGGAAGGAUCUGACAUGCUAUCUGGUUCGACAGGUGGUCUCCACCGGGAUAGCAAUAGUUAAAAAAGAUGGACAUUGGGUUUCUGCUUCGGCCUGGUCGCAGUACAAGCGGACUUCAAGAUUUACUGGUGCUUCAUGGUUAUAUUCACCCGACCCGAAGGCCGCGUGAUUGGAAAGCACAAAUGUCCAAAUAUAUUGUGCAUCGGAGGUGGUUGCUGUGGCUCUGGCUUUUCCAAGGAUUUAUCUCUUCUUUCUUUACGGCUGUUUCGAGGGUCCUCGCUUGGGAGGCCCGGACCCUUUCAACUAUUCAUGUCCAUGCAUCUACUUUUGCAUAAAAAUAUAAAAUUAUAAAGUAAAUAUAAAGAAUUAGAUAUCUUCUUUUU